UUUUCGGCUCACCCGAAGACAGCCGUGCAAAAACAAAAUGAAACGGUGGAUGCUCUUUACCAAGGCAUAUAUGCCUUUUUGAUAAUUUAUGCUUAUAUGUUGAAGAACAGAUUGAUAAAUAAAAUGCUUAUAAAUGAAACAAUGGAAAAUAUUUAAAUUACAAUUGUAAUACCAGUUUUCAAGGAAAAUAUAUGGAAAACACUCAUCAUUGUUUGCAUAGAAACAGAUUAAAAUUUUAACGACCGACUAUGUUAGUUAUUAAAAUCUAGCAGCUUUGUGUUGUCGGGCUUAUAGGAUCACUGUUUCAAAAUAAUUAUUCAACUGAAACUAACAGAUAAUCAUAUGUGUGCCAUUAAUUUUAUCAUUUUCAAGGCUCUGAACGUGUUGACAAGCAACCUAUUUGAUAGUGAAUAGUUACAUGUACUGAGAAGAAAACUCAGAUCCCAAAAAUGACAGAGGCAGUUCCAAGGGGUCAGAUGGGUCCUGGACCUGCCACCAUGCCUGCUGUGUCAUGUUUUGAGUUCAUCCUGAAUGAAAAAUUACUAGAAGAACAUCUAAGGCAGGAAAAUCCAGAUCCAAGUCCGCUGAGCCUCAUCAGUCAGUUUCUUCAGGAGGCAGAGAAUCAGAUCGCCACUACAAACGCGGGUAGCGACACCCCUGUUACCCAGAAUGCCCCACUGACCCCGCCCCUGUCCCCUGCUGGGGGCGUGCAGGUUGGUUCUCCAUCCAUGGAUGUGGACAUGAGAGUCGGGGACCAGCCAGAUUUUAGCAAAGACAAACCUGUUACACCACCAUUACCAGUCAGUGAAAAUAAGAAGAUCAAAGCAUUGCGUCUUUUGGCACUUAAAGUGGCGGCACAUUUAAAAUGGAACCUUACAACACUUAUGAAAAGCCUGUCUGUGGGGAUGAUGAACAUUCUGCUGACGGAGCUUCUCAAGAUCACCAUGGAGAUAAGUCCCGAGGCUGCCAAGUACACGGACCUGCAUUACGACGUCAUGUCUGGAGAGGCCAUCUUCGCUGCACAGCUCUUCCACAGAUGGACCAUUUUGACCCUGGUGAAGCACAGUUUUCCAACAAAACCUGUGAAAUCUUUCAUGCAUGUUCAAGGUCAGCAGGAUGCCAUGACAGCCAUGAUGCAGACAGAAUCCAUCAUCAGCACACUGCGUGACAAGGCGGCCACGUCUGUGGACAACCUCCAGCGAUGUAUCCAGUGUGGAAAGACCAUGCGGGUCCCUGGGGCGGCCUGCAUCACCCUGCCUGGAUGGGCCAGUGAGAGCCCCGAGUACCGCUGGGACCUCGCCCGUGACGUCACACCCGAGGAAUACAACUGCCAGAUAUCAUAUGACCUGGGGACAUAUUUCUUCUACCAGGAGUCAUACCACCAUGCCUUAGAGAUGUUCAGGGAGACCAAAGACCUCAUAAAAAAUAUCACUAAUCCUGUGUAUUGCCAUGUGGAGGAGCAGAGGCUGAAUGGCUACUACGUGGCGUGUAGGACGCUCAAAGAGUCGUCGGCAAAACUCAGUGCUAAACCAGAGAGUCUGUACCGGAGAGCUGAGUCUGCAAGGCAGAAUGUAUACAGGGGCCUCGUUGACCUUCUGAUAGAGGACAACGUAAAGCAGGAGCUGAGCACAGCGUACCGGGCCAACCUAGAGGAUGAGCUUGCAGCAAAAGAAAGUUUGACCUUCACAUUUAUCCAAGUGAGCAUCUGCAAUGUGAUCCGAGGUGUGAUGGAAGGCAAAGCAUUUGUGUCCAUCAUUGCUGACAUCCUGGAAGAUGCUGACAUCGCCACUAUCAAGUUCCUGGUCAAGGUGCUGGCGGUGGCCAUGAACGGAGCCUCCUUCGUGCAGAAGACCAACCUGGUGACGUUCCUAUGGCACGUGGCUGAAGCUGCACCAGCGCACUCACACUUCGUACCAAUGGUGCUGCAGAGCGACAUCCGUAACCACUUCACAGGCUAUGAGUGCGACCAGAUGAGGAAGCUUGAGAAUGGAAUCCAGAGGGACAACAUGUCUUUUGGGACGACCCUCGACGACCUUACCACGGUGGCAAGCAGUUACCCUUCUACCAGAGACUCGUCAGUUACCAUGGUGAAUGUGGAACACCAGCUGAUGUUCAUGUACGAUGCAGACGUCACCCGUCACCUGGUUACCGAGCUCAUAGUCAACCAGCAGAAGACACCACAGUAUGUCAUGCAACUCAAUGAGAAGUGGAGGGUGCCAUUUGAAAUUCUUGAGAUAAUCAAGAAGAUACAGCCCAGUGUAGACGUGGUUUAUGUGUAUAUACUCAUAGGAAAGGCUUGCCACUGCAUGGAUGUCAAGAUCUUUGAGCGUGCCAGGAACCUGCUGACGGUAGCGGACAACGUGUCAGCCCAGCUGUCGUACACUCUGUCCAAGCACAUACGCUGGCAGCACCUGAUGGCCGACCUCCAGCAGUUCUUCCUCAACGAGACAUUCGCAGAGAACUCCUCUGUCCAGGACCUCAUCAAGAAGGUGAAGACAUGCAUCACGGCCGUCAGGCUGGGACAAGACAUCCAGCCUAGUCCAGAUGUUUUGGAGCACUGUGCAGCCUUCUUGCUCAAUGUGCGAGACUGGGGAUACCUCAUGAACCUGGACAAUACUAACAGUGGACAUAUUGAGACAUGCCGUCUGGUGUCCUGCCUGCUGAAUGAGUUGCCUUCAGUGAAGAAUGCCCGCAAACCAGCAAGGGAUCUUUGGGAGACAAUUGUGAUGAUCUACAGUACGAAUGCCCAGCACAAGCGGACCUCAAGUGGCCGGGACAGCGCCAUGUACCGAGACUCACAGCUAGGCAUCCUGCCACGAGACUACUUCAAACUCUUCCUCCAGAAACUUAGGGAACCAUUGGUACUGAGUGUAUUCAUUUCUCUGAUGACCAAGUUCUACAACAUACUGAAGGAUGACAUCACAGUUGAGAUCUACAGUGACUACCUGGCAAUAUGGCCAUCUGCCCUGCCUAAUACUAGCGGUAUUCAUGUGGGCGCUGUAGAGGAGCAUGUCUCAAUCCUGAUGCAGCAUGCCUUGCAGAAAGACCCGUCCAACGCAUCAUGGCUGCGUACGCAAGCUGAUCUUCUCUAUGCUAACAACCAGUAUUCUGCUGCCAUGAAGUUCUACAUGGAAGCGGGUAUAGUGUCCUCUGAGUUCUUUGCCAACGCCGUACCAAAGAGUAUCUACGACGACAACGUCUAUAGAAAGAUGAUGAAAUGCUGCUCGUAUCUACAGUGCCACACACAGGUUGCCGUGUUGUGCCAGUUCCUAGAUGAGGUUGACUACAGCACAGCGUUCAAGGCCCUACAGGAGAAGAACACAUAUGAUGCCAUGGACUCAUAUUACGUGUGUAUCUGGGACAUCAGCAUACUCGAGUACCUGGUCCAUCUGCAUUCAAAGAGAGGUGAAAUGGAUAAAAGACAGUCAGCGAUGCGGGCGCUGACCCAGCUGGACCUGAACAGCAACAACCCAGAGGACAUCAUCCAGCGGGCCGUACAAAUCCGGAAGAGGAAGUUCCUGAGGGCCCUGGCCAAGCAGUAUGUCUAGACCCUUGCUGAGAAGGGGGGGGGGGGGGGGGCUAGGAGUGUGUCUAGACAUUAAUAUAUGGAGAAUCAUUGCCCACAAGUGCAAGGAUUAAGACUUCAUCUGAAGACUAAGUGUGCAUUAACUAGGAAAUUAUCGCUCUGUGUAUGAACAUUUGAAAAUGUCCGACAAAUAAACUAUUUGUUUGACAGCGAAAUUGUGAUUGUGUCUAGACAUGAACAUAUAGAGCCAGAAACUCUUCGAAUGUCUAGACAUGCAGACGUGUCUGGACAUGGCAAUUGAAUGUGUGUGAACUUAAAACAUGUGAAGUAGCAUAUCUGGACUUAGACACCACAAACAAGACACAGGUCUAGACAAAACGGGAUAAGGACUUUUUCCAAACAAGAGAGAUGUUAAUUUGAAUUAGAUGUGCUUAAUGCAUGUACGUCUAGUUCCUGUUAAUGUUGUUAACUAAAUACAUGUACAGUACUGGUGAUACAUGCUACAGAUUGUUAGGCCCAUAUUUGUGUUCUCAAUCCAUGUGGUGAAUUUGAUUGUUCAAGAGUAUUUGUUAUCAAUUCAUUAACAAUUAAUUGCUGACUAGAUGUGCUGUAUUUCAUUGUCAGGACUAUUUUCACUGGUUGUUCAUUAUGCAAAUCUACCAUUUUCCAUAUUGAUUCCAGAUAUUAUGUCUAUUGUUCACACCAUGCAAUGGGGUCCUUAUAUGCCUGUAUGUAAUUAAGAUGUAAUGUAGCUUUUUAUGGUCAUGGUAUUGUUAAUAUACUCUUUGAUGUCAAUAACUGACAUGUAGACAUAAUUGUCUACAACAGUAUUAUGUUGUAUGUUUUCAAAAGCUGUCCUUAUUUUGCUUUUACACAUGGUUUGUUUAUUUAUACACUGUGAAAGAAAAUGUGCUCACAAAUAA